GUUAUGCGUUAUAAACAACAUGAAUAUAUCCAGUUUCGCAAAAUGUUGAGGAAUGAAAUAAAUUAAGCCCUUUUCUGUACUUGACUUCCCUUUUUAACCAGGGUGUUUUCUAGUUCAGUAAUUGAGCUGUGACGUAACAAGUUUGUGAAAUUUUCAGCGGGAAAUUUCGAUCCACUUUUGCCAUAUUUGACGAAAAAGUAAACAUGGCAGUUAAAGUGGACACAAGCAGGGUGGAUGCCCUUAAACAGACCGUAGAAGAAGUAUGUGUAGAGCUGGCAAGUCUUGGUGAGGAAUCCUUGUUUAUGUCCAUCAAUUUAAAACAGAGAAGUUGCUUCUACCUUGGAUCUGAACCUGGCAAAGAAUUCCUUACAAAGAGAAUGGACGUCAUAGAAAACUUCUACCACUUUAUCAACACUCACUAUCCACUUGAUGAGUCAGAGCAGCAAAGUACAACUUCAUCACCGACCAAGGCUGCACAGUAUACAGGUGAUAUAGACUUUGAGAAAAUUCCACAGAAUCCACAGCCAAGUGAGUCUGAUGCAGAUGAUUCCAACUCUUUCACUAUCGACAAUGAGAUGAGGGAGGACCCUGAUUUUGAGCACAACUUAAAAAAGAAUUCAUUAGCAUCACUGUUUAAAAAACGGUCGGUUGGGAGACCAAGAAAAAUGGAUAUUUUUGAUGGACGGGACAGAAAUGCCACCUUGUUAGAAGAUAUGGAAAAAGUUAUCAUGAACAAACCUGUCGUAUCAGAAAUACCCUUUGGAGAUCAGCUGAACAAUCUUAGUGAGAGUGGAAGUAAGAUAGAAAAGAUUGUUACAUCAGAUGUAGAGUUUGUAAAAUCAUUAAGAAAUAAUAGGAAAUGCCUUCUAAUUUGUGGAAACUGUGGAACCCCAUGCUCCUGGAAAAGGUCUAUGUUGACACAUUUGGGGAUCUGCAAAGGAAAGAAGAAAGAUCAGAAAGAAGAGAAAGAUGUCACAACAACAGUUGUCAUGCAAGAAAAACCUCCUGAAACCAAAGUAACUGAAACCAUAGCAUCAGAAGGAGGUCAGAUAGUAAUAGAACUUGUAGAUGGAAAUGGAGAACAGCAAAUUGCAGUACUUCAAGCCUCACCAGAAGAUACAUUAGCUCAAAAUUUACAGUUACAAAGAGAAGUUGCAAAACAAACAGAUGAUCCUCUAGAACAAGCUAUACAGAGUAUAACAGAAAGCCAAAAUGAAUCACAACCAUCUGUAGAGAAGACACAGAAAGAGGAAUCAAAUCAACCAAUAGAGAAGGAAUCUCAACAAGUCAACACUACAGAAAUGAUGGAAGCAUCACAAAUAGAACAUGGAACCUCCGAAACUAAGCAGGCUACAGAAGAGCAAGUUUCUAGUCAAGACGAUGGCAAUAGCCAAGAUUCCAAGUUUAGUCAGAUCAGUGAAGACAAUGAUGAUACACUAGACAGCACAAUGGGUGAUGAAGAAAUGGAGAAAAACUUGGAAGAUAUAGAAGCAAUGGAAUCUCUUAUCAUGACAUCUGGAGGUAGCGAGAAUAAGAAAAAAGAGGAUAAGGAAGACAGUGAUGAAGCAGAAGUUGAAGAGGAAAAUAUUGAAGAACCGAUGGAAGAAGAUGAUGAUCCAGAUUUCAAUGCCCAAGAGGAGGCAAGGGAAGAAGUUGAGAUUGCAACUCCAAGGACACGUUCUAGACGUCAGAUAAAAAUGAGCAAAAAGUACGAAGAAUAUAUUGUAAAAGUAAAAAAGGAACCUGUUGAAGACUCUCAGACUUCUGAGGAAAACCUAAAAGCAAAUGAAAGCACUGCAUCUCCAAUGACACGGAAAAGAAAAGCAGAAGAGUCUCCCACAGUAGCAAAAUCUCCUAAGGGAAGAAAGCCUAAAAAUCAAGGUGAAACAGAGAAAACGCCUGGGCCAGCAAGUAAGAAGGCUAAAACAGUUGAGGAUGAGUCUGCAACAGAGAUAGUCACACCUAAAAGAGGGAGAGGACGACCUCCCAAGAAUCCAAAACCUGCUGCUUCAAAGGAGGACAAAGCAGAAAAAAUCCAGGACGAAACAAAGGAAGAAAAAGAAGAAAAAUCUGCACAAGGAGAAAAAGAUGAAACACCAGAAGAAGAUGUGCUCGGGGAAGAAGAAGAGGAGGCUCCUGAUGACACAGUAAAAGAUGAAGAUUAUGAUGAAGAAGUGGAAGAAUUUGUUGAGCCAGUUAAAAAGGUGAAAGGAAAAAGAGGAAGAAAGCGUGGUGGUAGGAAAGAAAAUGAAACUGGAUACAAGAUAACAGCGCAAGAUGUCAAUGAUGCCGCAGACAUUGGUGUAGAAAAGGGAGACUUUAGAUGUAAGCAGUGCAACAUUGUUAUAAAAUGGAAAAGGUCAUUUAUGAGACAUAUUGAGCAACAUAGACUGUUGAAUGAUGGUAAGACAGAUUAUCUUAAAUGUCCAGAAUGCAGUCGAGAAUUUGUAUCAGAAUGGGAAAUGAAGAAUCAUAUGAGAGGCAAACAUAAAAUGCUGGGAGUCUUCGAGUGUGAUACAUGCCCAAGAAAGUUUAACACGGCUAUACAGUACAAGAAUCACAAAAAAGAAUGUUCGGAAGAAAACCCAAUGCCUGAAGAUCCGGAAGAAUCUGAAGAGAAGCCUUUCACAUGCAACUACUGUUUGUUCAAGUUUAAGAGCGAAGACCAGCUUAUAACACACAAAGAGCUGCAUAACAUUGUAGAUUUCAAGUGCGAUGAAUGCGGGAAGGUGUUUCCUGAAGGAUAUAGGCUGAAGAAUCACAAACGUGACGCACAUGACAAAUCCAAACACUUUGCAUGCGACAUCUGUGGAAAGGUUUUCACCAGUACAAGAUACUUGCACAGACAUCGUGUGUGUGUUCACAAGCAAACAGAAAGUGUCUGCAGAGUAUGUGCAAAACUGUUCUCAACAAAAGAAGAGCUAAGAUUGCAUAUCAAAACUGCCCAUGAAGAAACUGAUUCUCUAACCUGUGGAGUGUGCAAGAAGAAAUUUACCUCGCUUCGAGAUUUAGAUGCCCACAGACCAGAACACUAUGGCUACCAGUGUGACACUUGUGGAAAGAAGUUUCAAAAACUGAUCAAACUCAGAGAGCAUGUUCAUUCACACACAGGAAAUUAUCCAUAUUAUUGUGAUUUCUGUAGGAAGGGCUUCCUGCAUACGCAUGCUUUGGAAACUCAUCUUUUGACGCAUGAGACAAACAGACCAAUAUAUAUUUGUGAUGUAUGUGGUCAGCAGUUCAAAACUAAAACCAUUCUGCUAAAGCAUGCCAAUGUACAUAAGGAAACAGUUGAUUAUCCAUGCAAGUUUUGCGACACUGCAUACAGAACUCCUGAUGGGUUAAAGAUUCACAUGAUAGAAGUCCACAUGAGUGAAGAACAGAUUAAAUCUUGCGGUCUGGAAAUUUUCAAAUGUGAAAUAUGCGACAAAGUCAUGGCCCGAAAGCAACAUUAUGAUCGCCAUAAAGCACAGCAUUUGGGACUGAAGAAAUACAAGUGCGAGGAGUGUAACAUGUCUUUCUACACCCAGUAUCACCUCAACCGCCACCACAAACUGCACCACGAUCAAAGCAAGUUUGCCAAUCAGAGGUCUAUGCUCCAGCAACAGCAAGAAGAAGGGAAGGAACAGAUUGAGGAGAUUAUUACAGAGACGAUUGUGGAAGAGAAUGUGGAUAAUGCCGAAACAAUACAGUACAUAGGGACGCUUGAAGACGGCAACCACCAGGUCCAGACCAUCAGCUACGCCAUGAGUGGAGAAGGCGGCGAGGAGCAUCAGAUGGUGGAGUUCGUAGUCAUUAAUGUACCUCAAGACUCGGUGACCGAAGUGGUGGAGCAGCAAGACGGCAUGGAAGGAGAGGUCGUGACUGAAGACGGCACCGUGGUUCAUUCAGCUCAAGUGUCGGAGAUGCAAACAGAGCCUGAUCCUCAGAAUCAACCAGAAGUGACGACAACAAUCACAGCAGAAGACGAAAACGAUGUGGUCCAGUCAAUACUUAAUUUGCAAGAAGCCAUCAAUAUGGGUUGAGGUGUUUGUGGUAUUUAAUCACGCAUUUAAUUUGAUAUUUACAACUGUGUUUUCCAAAAUCUAAAAAACAAAAUUUUCCCCUUAUCUGAACUACCUUCCUGAUUUUAAUUUAUUGAGUGAUAUUUACGUAAAAUGACUAUAUUUAUAAAUCAGUAAUGUAACAGAAAACACCAUUGCGUUGAAUUUGAUUUCCACUUAUGUUAUUAUAUCAUGUAUAUAUGUAAAUAAUUCUGUUUAGCAUGUUCUUGUCAACAGUUCAUUAUGUACGAGUUUUUUUUAAUUGAAAUGUUAUUUAUUUGGCAACUAUUGAGAGACUGUUCAUUGUGUUAACAAUUCAUAAAGUUACUCACUUCUUCUUCCGUUUCUUUUAACGCCUUACUGUUUUGAAUAUAUUUAUUUCCGAUUGUUGAGGUAUAUAUGAGAAAGACAUCUUGAAUGUACACUAUGUUAAUCAAAUAAUGGAAAUAUUAUUUAUGAAGUUGAAAAAUAAAAUUUGAAAUUCAG